GGCUGGUCUGUGGUAGUGCUGAGCUACUAAAGAAAGAUCUAUAGAAUUUCAGACAUGUGUUUUGGAAAGUGUGCUAGGUGCAUUGGGUACAAGUUGCUCAUUCUUGCCUUCCUCUGCAUUGUGGCUAACAUCUUGCUUUACUUUCCCAAUGGUGAAACAAGAUUCGCUUCAGAACAUCAGCUUAGCAAGUAUGUGACGUGCCUUCAUGGAAUUAUAGGAGGAGGGAUUUUGAUAUUCCUCCCAGCUGCAGUGUUCAUUGGACUAGAACACGAUAAUUGCUGUGGAUGCUGCGGGCAUGAGAACUGUGGGAAAAGCUGUGCAAUGCUGUCCUCUGUUCUGGCCGCCUUCAUCGGAAUCCUGGGGUCCGGCUACUGUUUCAUCAUUUCAGCUUUAGGUUUAUCCCAUGGCCCUUACUGCCUCUCCGCUGUAGAACAGAACUGGGUCUAUCCUUUCACUAACGCCAGUGGAGGGUAUCUGCUUGAGCGUGACAGGUGGUCUGAGUGUCGGGAGCCAAGGAAUAUCGUGGAAUGGAACUUGACCCUCUUUUCCAUUCUUCUGGUCUUUGGGGGGAUUGAAUUAAUUCUGUGUUCCAUCCAAGUAAUCAACGGUUUUCUCGGAGGAAUAUGUGGGGUUUGCUGUAAUCGGGAAGAGAAAUACGUUUGCUAGAACAUCUGCACCUGAAAAUGGGCUAAAAUCACUGUAAUUAUAUCUUUGUGGUAUUCUGUAAAACGUAUUUGAAUGUCUUGUUUUGUAUUGCACAUACUGUAAAUUAUACAGAGAACAGUUUAUUCAUGUUACAUUUCUUCUUGCCAAACUAUGCACUGUCACUAUUAAUUCACAGAUUGGGCCAGGUUCUGUUCUUGGAAAGAUGUGCAGGAUUCCCAAAGAACACAAUAGUCAUUAUGUGUUUGCACCUGACAGCAGAAUUUUGCUUACUGUGAUUUUUGUCAUUAUAAACAUACACCUUGCAUACAAGGAUUUCAUUGGUUUAUUUAAACAUAAUGCAAGUCACUGAUUGAUUAAUUGUGUUGCUGGGUACAGUUUCUCACUACAGGCAUGGUAGUUCUUGAUUUUCAUACAGAAGCUGCUUUUCCCAUUAGAGUUCCAUUGCCAUCCUGACCUUGAAGCCCCCAGUAGGAGCUGUCACUCACAGAAGGAAGGCUGCUUUAAUUGGGUCAAACCAAAUACCACAAAGACCAUGUUUUUGGUAGUCAUCUAGUCUAACAGAAAAUACAGAUGGUGCCAAAUAAUGGACAGACAAGGGUAGGCACAUUCUGAGGAGCCCUAUCUCCCAGGAAAGACGUGGAGAUAGAACAGUAGGAAAAAAAGACGAGUCUGAA